AGACUUUGUGGGUUCUCAAAAGUCAAUAUGGCGGCUGUAGAGGGCAGCCUGGAGGAAGAAGCUCUCAGGCGAAGAGAGCGGUUAAAAGCCAUGCGAAUCAAAAGUGGAUUACCGGAGCAGCAGACUUCUACCGAUAGCGACUCCACGAGAGGAGAGAAGCGAUCUCUGGAAGAGUCAUCUCAACUCAUACCUCCAACUAGGCUGAUUAAGUUUAGAAACUAUCUGCCUCGUGAUGAGACCUUGAAGGAAAAGAAAAUACCAAAUACAAAACCUCUUUCAGUUGAAGAUGAAGUGCAAGAGCACCUUGAGAAAGCAAAGGCUGACAAAGUUAUAGAAGAAGUGGACCUGGCCAACUUGGCACCAAGAAAGCCUGACUGGGAUUUAAAACGAGAUGUUGCAAAGAAACUUGAAAAGUUAGAGAAAAGGACACAGAGAGCAAUAGUUGAACUUAUAAGAGAUCGGUUACAGCAAGGAGAAGAUUUAGCUGCAGCAGUCAAUGCAGCAGCCUCAGAACAGAACUAUGAAGCAGAGUGAAGAUUAUCAGCUGUGUUCACCCUAGAGCAAUGGACACUUGUCUUGUACAAGGAAAUGCUUCCCUAAAAAGAACAGAAAUACAAUUCCCUGGUCAAGCCAUCAUCGCUUGGUGUUCAAAAUGGACGUUAGUUGUGAGACAAGCAGACUGACGUCCAGAAUGUCCAUUGUAAAACUGCCUCGCGUGUUGUAUAUAGACUAAACUUCAGAAUUAAAGCCAUCUGUUAAUG